AUGCUCUUCAGAUGCGCAGCCGUAUUUCUGGCGCUGACGCCAACCUCACUCGCGUGGGAAUGGGGCAAGUCUGGCAAAUGGACGGGUACGCAGCGGAUGUCUUGCCAUGGCGGUAGCUCGUAUAUCAACUACACCACCGUGACGGGCUUUUUCCAGCAAGACGACGCGGCUACCGACCCCAGCGGGUUCGAUUAUACGAAAUCAAACUAUGGUCUCAUCAACCAAACAUACCCUACGGACGCCAAGUUCGACGUGGACGGCACCAAGACACAAUGGCAACGUUUUGAGUACUACGUCAACACCCUGAACGUGGAGGCCGACUCCAAGACCCAGUACAAGGUGUUGUUCUUUGCGAGACAUGGUGAAGGAUACCACAAUGCCGCCGAGACCUUCUAUGGCACUCCCGCUUGGAACUGCUACUGGUCGGAGCAGGAUGGCAACGGUACCGUGACCUGGGCCGAUGCCUACCUGACGGAGGCGGGUAUCGCGCAGACGACCAAGGCCAACAACUUCUGGAAGGGCCAGCUGAAGGACCAGAAGAUGCCCGCGCCUCAGUCGUACUACACCAGCCCGAUGAACCGGUGCACCAUCACGGCGAACCUGACCUUCAACGGCCUGGAUCUGCCGGCCAAGUACCCCUUCGUGCCGACGGUCAAGGAGCUGUUCCGCGAGGGCAUCAGCAUCCACACGUGCGACCGGCGCUCCAGCAAGAGCCACAUCCAGAGCCUGUUCCCGUGGUACCAGUUCGAGGCCGGGUUCACGGAGCACGACGAGCUGUGGAAUGGGACGUACGCCGAGACGUCGGCGGCGCAGGCGGUGCGCAGCAAGCGCGUGCUGGACGACGUCUUCAGCGGCGACGAGCACACGUGGAUCAGCGUCACCAGCCACUCGGGCGAGAUCCGCAGCCUGCUGUCGGUCCUGGGCCACCGCGCCUUCAGCCUGUCGACCGGCCAGGCCAUCCCCGUGCUCGUCCGCGCCCAGAACCUCCGCAAGGUCGACGCCCCCACCGCCACCGUCAGCUCCUGGGCCCUCGACCCCACCUGCACCGCGCCGCCCGUCACGAGCAUCGCCGGCACCGGGUGUGUGUGCUCGACGGCUUCGUCGACGCUGGCCAGUGCUACCUCUACUAUCACUUCUGUGUAG